ACUAAAACUCGUGAAUGGCGUAAAUCUUUGGCGAACCUGACAUUUCAAUGUUGGAAGAUGUGCGAUGUGUGUUGGAAGGGAUUCGUAAACCAUGAUUAGUAUUAUUUUGGUUCGAAGUAAUGUUUCGUGAUAACAAGUAAAAUAAAAUGUGAGAAGAGAUUUAGAAAGUGCUUUAGAUUGUUAGAGUAAAUGUAUAUUUAAUGUUGCCGAUAUGGUUGCAAAUAUUCAGUUUCGCCGGAUGUUAGACUUGUAAAAUGAAUGAAACUGUCAAAUAAAGAGGGAGAGCUAUGGCAGAGACUGUUCGAGAAUGGCUGCAAGAUUGUGCAGGUCAGGAACCUGACCAGCUUCAUAGUUUUGCCGUUUCACUGGAACAUAACCACAGUCUCAUUGCAGCAUUGCAUUCCGUCUUGGAGGAGCGAGGCCGGUUCGCAGAUGUAUCUUGUGGAUCCAGUCUGCUCACAACUGUUUGAACUGUACCGCUCAAAGCAGCCAGAUCUGCAGCGUUUCACAUUGCAGUUUCUUCCAACAUUAAUUUUUGUUUAUUUGAACUCUGUAGCACAUGGUGACAAGAAGAGUUGUCGCAGUGUUGAGACAUUAUUACUUGGUCUGUACAAUCUUGAAGUGGUGGAUGAGAGUGGUCAGCCAAAAAUCAUCUCCUUUCGCCUGCCUUCAUUAGCACAAGGAUCCAUUUACCAUGAGCCUAUGUCUCUUGCACCACUGACUGAGAGUGCCCUACGUCGAUGGGAGGAGUGCAAUACCAAACCUGUUCAGUGGGGUCCUAUGCCUCAGGUGGAAACACUUAAUGCCCAAAACAGACUAAAGGUGAUGACAGCAUUAUUAUUUCUCUACAACCAACAGCUGAGUCUUGCAAGCAAAUCUGCCCUUGAAUAUCUCAGCAAGGUCUGCUCUAAGAUAGUGACUCAAGGCUUCAGCAAACCAGGUCACCACCAGAGAUCAUCAUAUGGUUCAGACAGUUCCAGCUUGGUUCCACGCUUGUUGCCACGUAUUCCUGUCGCAUCACAAUUUCUUCUUGAGCUGCUUCAUGGUGCCUAUUUCUCAUUAUUUAAUGGAGCAGCAGCUGCAGCACAAGCAGCUCUUGAUGAUCUCCAUACCCGUGCCUGUUUUGAAGGGUAUCCAGAGGUUGUGUUAGCUACUAAUGCUGUACGGAACUCUUUGCAAGUCAACACCUCUGGUCAACCUACAGAUGGACCAAUGGGUAUCAGUGUUGCUCUUACACCAGCAACGACAACAGUUACGACUGUCAGCAAAUCAAUGAUUACGAAUGCUUCUUUCCGUACGAAGAAGCUUCCCGACGACAUUCCAAUCCAAACUUCAAAAGAGGACGGCAGUGUGAGUGGAACUCCAGAGUCUAAGAACUUGAGUGCAAUAACAGAGGAGGGAGAGGGUGAUGGAGAACGACUCACUCCACGUGCCAGUUCCCUGCGAACAAGGGACAAGAAACUCCCCAGCUUUCCUGGGCUAAAGAAGACAGCUCGUAGCAAUGGUGUUGCAGCUUCAGAUAAGAAACCAAAGCGCUCUGUCACUGCUGAGAGUAACGGUCCUCUGCAGCCUCCUUCAGACAGCCCAGAUUCUGGUGCAGGCAGUAGUGAGGGCACUACAGGAGGUGAUGGUAUGGUUACAGAUGCAGGAAGUGGAAAUGGAUCUGUGGAGGUGGAGCAUCUUUCAGCAACUCAAGUCAGUACUGUCUGAGAGGGAACAAACUUACUGCCCGUACAGAGGAUGCAAGCACACUACUCCUCUCACUUUUCCUACAGUCACUAGGACCUGUUGGUGAUUUCAUUGGCACUUUUUUUUGAAGAUUUUCAGAUUACUUAUUUGGCUGUGAAUGUUAUGUAUAGUCUGUUUUAUUAAUUCUGUUAUUACAUUUUUUGAUAAGGAAAAACAAUGCAUCUAGAAUAAGGAUCAUACAAAAAGUGUGAGGUGUAGCAGAAAUAUUGGUGCAGGUGCUUUUUGUGUGUAGUGAACUGCAGCAUUGAAGAGUGUCACUGUCUGUAGUUUCUUGUAUACAUAUUUGUUUUAGAGAUAGGACAUAAAUAUCAGAAUUUUCGUAACUGCAAAUAGUAAAAGAAGAGAUGAAGUAUCAUUUAGUCCUGAAAGGAUUUCAGAAAUUUAAUCAACUUACAUGAAUUACUGUGUAUUAAUUAAUUAGUUGCUAUGUGCUGUUACUAUGCAAUUUUGGAAACAGUCAAUAAUGCAGAGGUUGAUGUAAAUUCAUAUUUCCUCCUGUAUAGAAGUGUCUCGUUCCAAGCCAUAAGUUAUCUGAUAUGCUCAAAUGUGGUCAUCUCAGAAUAUCUUAAUUUAGCAUUUUCUAAUUCAUUACUCUAAAUAUUAUCCAUGAUGGGUGGAAGCUGAUAUUAAUGUACAUUGUGGAAUAUAGUAGCAGAAUAUUUGAGUACAUAAGUUUUCCAGUAGCUUGUUACUGGAACACCAUUGUAUUACAUGUAUAGAAUUAUUCUGGAAUAACACUAAAAGUACUUCAAAGACAGAUAAAAUUGUUGAUAUGUACUCCUUUUGUAUGGCAUUUUUAAAUACUCAGAUUGUUGGAUAUGAAUCAAACAAGUGUUAAGCUCUACAUUGUAAUUUAUAUUGUACUACAAAUCUUCUAUAUUUUUCCUUGUUUCCAUGGACUUUAGAUAUUUAACCACGUAGAAAAGAGCUGCAAUAUAUUUUGACAACAUCUGUGGCAUUAGAGAGACAAUAAUUUGAAGGGACUGAUGGCUCUUAUACAUAUAUGUUCAAGUAUUUCCAAAGAUAUUGACAAUUGAAACAAUUUCAUGGUGUUGUUUAUUGUGAUUUUAGAAGUACAUUAUACUAGUGUAGGGUGUAAAGGUGAACCAUAUUUUUCUCGAUGAAAGUGUGUAUUUAUUUUAAUGACUUAAUCUACAAUUGUUUGAAAAUUGUGCUGAUUGUUUUCUUGUAUCCGUUUAUAUUGUAAUGUAGAGGAACAAUGCCAACAAACUAAAUGAUCAUAAAAUAUAAGGUAAGUAAUAUUUUGUAAUAUUACUGCUUCAGGAAAACUCAUUUUAGGAUAUUGCUGUUAAAAUUAACAACACAGAAACAUUAGUUUUUUUAUGUGAAACCAACUAGGACAGUGUAUUCAACUUAACCCUCUUGAAUUAUUUUCAAUAUCUAUGAGCAUAAUUUACAAGUUGUUAUUUAUCAUAAAACUACUGUUAUCUAAUUCUUUCCACACACUUGCAAAAUAUGUUUUUACUACCAGAUUAGAUCAUUUUUCCACAAGGAAGGAUUAAAUUAUAUUUCAUGAAUGUUUUGACAUACAUUUCAGUAAUGGUGCAUAAAGAGGCAUUUAUACCAGUUUUGAAAAGUGGACCUUGUUUUGCUGUUUUCAUCAUUUAAAUUUAUAGAAUAAAUCUGAUCAGAAUAUUUUGGAGUUCAUAAUGUAGUGUUUUGAGAACAUUAGUGGCAUUAGAGCAUUGAAUUGCUGAAAGUGUUACAUUGAUAUUCCUGUUAGACUAGUCAAUGACUUACCUUUUGCCUUCUAAACACUUCGUACCUGAUGUUUAUCUAACUGUUACGGUUCCAAUUGUAAUUAGGCCAGGCCCAAUGUAUCUUACAAAUGUGCAGUUAUAUCUGAAAUGUUGUUAAUAUAUCUGGCAAUGUUUGUGUUGUUAUGGAUGAUAUAGAUAUUCAGCUUACUGUUUGGAAAUUGAUGUAUAAAGGGUCUAUGGCAUAUAAAUAUAUAGAUUUUUCCCA